GUUACAUGCUCUUUCUGGAGUACAGCAGCUACUUGCGGAAACAGGAGGUGACAGAGGAGGAGAAGGCUGAAAGGAGGAAGCAGCUGGAGCCUUUGCUAAAGCAGUACGGCCUGGACAACCUCACAGAGCAAGAGCAGCAAGGCUCAUGCACGUGGAUCCUCAUGGCCUGCCUGGUACUGCUGGCCGCGACAGUCUUCUAUUACUAUGGCAUGCCAACCAGCAGCAGUGAGCUGGACAUGACGCUGUGA